AUGAGUCGACUAUCUCGACACGAGGGCAGGUCCCCCUUGCCGUCACUGCAGAGCGAAAUCUCGAUUCUCAACGCCGAAAAGUAUGGUGAGGAGCCCAGACGCACGCGGUCUGCCAAUGGAAAACGAUCGCUUUCAGAAGAUCACGACGACGACGAUGAUGAUGGCGUUCAGAAGAAGAGAUCCAGAGGCCGUCCGCGACUGGACACCAAGGACGAGACCGCCGCCGAUCGUCGCCGAACACAAAUUCGUCUUGCUCAACGAGCAUACAGACACCGCAAAGACACCGCCAUCACCACUCUUGAGCAAAAGGUUAAAGAUUUAGAAGCCUCAAAUGAGGCCAUGAGCAAAGAGUUUACUAAAUUCUACGACAUCAUUUUGGCUGAGGGCAUUUUUGACAUCGCUCCUCAUGCUGCGCCUCGCCUCAGACUCAUUGCGGAUCGACUCCUCCGCCUUUCUAGCAUGGUCGGCACAAGUAGCAUCACAUCCGAGAGCGAUGAUUCUAUCAUGGCCAAGCCUGCAGGAGCUCGCAAAAGCCUCAGCGACGUGAGCAUGCAUCAUGGCCAUCAGACAAAUGGCUUGGGCGAGCCGGAUCUCUCGAGCUCGGCUUAUCCUACUGUCCAGCAUCACCCAGGUUCUUUCAACUACGAAGUAAUCGCCCAGGCAACGCCAAACAACGCCAGCUUCCCCUUUUUCGCCUCCAUGGAGUCAUCCGCUUCACAGCCGCCAAGCAGUAGCUAUCUAGGCACCUCUCUCAACAACCCCUCACCCUACCCCCGACUCUCAUCUCCAACAUAUGGCUUUCACGAACGUUUCAGCAAGAGACUGCAGCGAACAACUUUGGAAUGCGGCCUUAGGCUGGCUACGAUGAAGAACCCGCCGCCCGAGCGGUAUGCGACUGUUUUCGGCUUUAGUUUACUCUUUGAAUCCCGCGAUUCGAUCAUUCGGCGAUUAGCAGCAGGGCUGAAGAAGAUACAGAGCGAGGGUGUAGACUGGAAAUUCCCAACGCCUUCAAUGCAAAACGACCAGUUUGGAUAUCUAGAAAAUCAAUUUUCCUCGACUAGCUCAGAGGAGUUGAACAAUGCGCUACUCUCACUCAGCAAAUCGGCUACAAGCUUCGCCAACAUGCCUCAAUUCGGAGCUCAACCUCUAGCCAAUUCUGAAGAGAAAGCUGAGCAUCGGAUACGAAUGCUUUGCCAGAACUUUGAGGGGGAAUUUUUCACAGCGGACGAAGUUGAGCUAUUCCUGCGCCGACUGGGUCUAGCUAUCCCCCCGAACGUUGACUAUGUCGAUUCUGAGCUGGACCUGAACGAACUCCAAGCUGCUGAUGAAGCAAGCACCAAAAGCCACUUUGCUAGUAUUGGGCUGUCUCCUGGUAACUCGGGCAUCGGCGGAAUUCAAAGCAACAUGUGGCAGAUGAACAAUACCUCGCUGGGCGAUUUUGGAAGCUCUCUUCGAGGAGACUCUUCAGAAGGUCAGAAUACGGAAACUACUGAGUUUAUCGACAAGACUGACCUGGAUGGAGGAUUAGUUACGUUUAUGAAUAAUCACGACUUCAGCCAGAUAUGGCCUACUGGAUCAAGCUGGUCCAAGACGAAAGUCUCCGUCGAUGUGGGCCGAUUGAUAGACGAAUUGGUGAAUGCAUCAGUUUGUCUAGGAAGGACGCCGGGUAUACGACCAAAGGACGUUAUCAAGGCUGUCAAAGUUGCUGCCGGCUUAUCGCCUACUCAUGCACCAUGA